AUGACUGAAAAUAGCCCUGAUCGUGCACGGGAACCUAUCGCUUCGCCAUACAUGCCCAGAUAUCCUGACCCUAUGUCCAACAUUUCCAACUUCAAGAUCAUCGAGACCACCUUAAGAGAGGGUGAGCAAUUUGCUAAUGCCUUCUUUGAUACCAAGACCAAAGUGGAGAUUGCCAAGGCUUUGGAUGCCAUCGGUGUCGACUACCUUGAACUCACCUCGCCUGCAGCCUCCGAGCAAUCGCGCAACGACUGUCGCGUCAUCUCCAGCCUUGGUUUGAAGGCCAAGGUCUUGACCCACGUACGCUGCCACAUGGACGAUGUCAAGCUUGCCAUUGAUACUGGCGUUGAUGGCGUCAACGUCGUGAUGGGUACCUCAAGCUAUCUCCGUGAGUUCUCGCAUGGCAAGAGCAUGGAAUACAUUACCCAACGUGCCAUCGAAGUUAUCCAGUUCGUCAAGAGCAAGGGUCUUGAGGUCCGUUUCUCCACCGAGGAUUCCUUCCGUUCUGACUUGGUCGAUUUGCUCGCCAUUUACAAGGCUGUUGACAAGGUCGGCGUCCACCGUGUUGGUAUCGCUGAUACCGUCGGCUGUGCCGAUCCUCGUCAAGUUUAUGAAUUCGUCAAAACCUUGCGCAGUGUCGUCAGCUGUGAUAUCGAGUGCCACUUCCAUAACGAUACUGGCUGCGCUAUUGCCAACGCAUACACUGCCCUGGAAGCCGGCGCCACUCACAUCGACACUACCGUUCUCGGUAUUGGUGAGCGAAACGGUAUUACGCCUCUUGGUGGCUUGCUUGCACGUAUGUACACUGCCGACCGCGCCUAUGUCACGAACAAGUACAACCUGCCCAGCAUCCGCGAAGUCGAAAAUUUGGUUGCAGACAAUGUCGACGUGAACGUGCCAUUCAACAAUUACAUUACUGGUUUCUGUGCCUUUACCCACAAGGCAGGUAUCCAUGCCAAGGCUAUCCUCAACAACCCAUCCACAUAUGAAAUCUUGAAGCCUGAAGAUUUCGGUGUCUCCCGCUACGUCAGCAUCGGUCACCGACUCACCGGCUGGAACGCUGUCAAGAAUCGGAUAGAACAACUCCAACUGUCCGAAUUGAACGACGAUGACGCCAAGGCAAUCACACAAAAGAUUAAAGAAUUAGCAGAUAUCCGACCACUGAACCUGGAUAACGUUGACAUGUUGAUACGAAGAUACCAUGGCGCCAAGAAGACUUCCGAGCACAUUGACAUUUUGCGCGGUAUUGAAACCCCUGAUCAGUUGGAGAUCGCAACGGCAGCUGCUUAA